AUGUCAUCGAAUUCCAGUGAAAGAACCGUGACCGCUGCCACCCUCCCUUCUCCGGCCACCCCAAAUACCCUGUCCACGACACACCAUUUUGUGUCGAUGAAGCUCACCACCAAAAACUACCUAUUCUGGCGCACUCAAUUGGUGCCAUUCCUGAGAGGACAAGGCUUGCUCGGGUUCGUGACCGGCGACACCCCGUGUCCACCGGCCACGGUUACUACUCCGGCAACGAGUGGCGAUGGCUCGGGAGGCACGGCCUCGACGACGACGCCCAACCCAGCGCACGCGGCAUGGGAGCAACAGGACCAAUCAAUUCUGUCGCUGUUGAUAUCCUCCAUGGCCGACGAAGUUCUCUACCUGGCAGUUGGGCGCAGUACAUCGCACGAGGUCUGGACCUCGGUUACAGCGGCGCUUGGUUCUUCAACACGGGCUCGGUGCUUGAAUCUUCUCGCUCAAUUCCAGUCACUCCGCCAAGGUGACAGCUCCCCGGUCGAAUAUCUUGGGAGAGCUCAGUUGUUGGUAGAGGACUUGGCGCUCGCCGGCAGACCCGUGUCGCUGGACGAGCAAAAUCUGUAUGUUUUCCGGGGCCUCAGACCGGAGUUCAGAUCCAUGGCGUCAUCCUUGGCGGCGUCGGGCACACCGGUUUCUAUUCCACAGUUGUCGGAUUUCCUUCAAGCUCAGGAAUUCAUCUGGGCAGAUGAAUUCGCUGGUGGUGCUGCAAUUCCCGGCGGGUCUCAUCAUGCGGCCAUGGCAGUCGGACGUGGACAGAACCACCAUCCGAGCGGUGGCUCUCGGCAUGCGGGUUCCGGCCGAGGGCGGGGCCGAGGUGGUGGACGCGGGCGCAACAAUGGCAGAGGCCGCGGAGGUGUUCCCCGCUGA